ACAUGUCGCUACGGUAGGCAUCCAUUGCGUGUCCUAGUGCAGUUCUGUAGCAUAUGAGCGAUAGGGACACCACUAGUGAGGACGACCAGAUCUUGCGAUGGGCUAGACGCCCGAUAGCCCACUUUGCCUUAGGACCAGAGGGCGACAAAUAUCUGUUCCGCCAACUUAGGGAGAGGCAGCAACAGCAGCGGAGGGCUAGGGCAGCAGAGACCAGUAGAGCAUUCGCAAGCGAAGCCACUGUUUCAGCAGCUAUGGCAACUGCUGCGCAACAGAGUUCCCAGGCCAACAGUUCAGGGUUUGUAGGGUCAACGGUUGCACAAACCCAGAGUCAGUCGGCUGGAGUUAUGGCAAGCCAGCCAGUGGUGUUGUCACCCGAGGAGAUCGCCAUACAGCAGGCUGCCCUGCAAGAGGCACAACUACAGAAGGCUUUAGGAGAGAUUAAGGCAGAAAAAGAGAGAAUGAUUAGAAGAAGAGCCAGGUUGCAGCGGCGACAAGAGGACAUUAGUGAGUUAGAGGAGAUGGACCCUGCAAAGUUGGAUAAUCCGGUGAGGGCCCUGAGGAAUCAGUUGGCAGGUGAGGCCAACAUCAAUAUGCACAACUUCCCCUCGUUCAGCAAGAAGGCCCUAGACCUUGAGGCAAAGAUAGGGCAUGCACAUAAUCCCAUGACGGAUGGUAGGAAGAAUUCACUGCCUCCCAACUGGAAGGCGAAGGGCCGCAUCAUGUUCGUCGACAACGAUGGUUCUACCAUCGAGUUGGACGACUACUUCCAGGCGGGAGUAGGUUUAGAGGCUGGCAGCGUAGAGGCUUUAGGGGGUGGAGUAGUUGUUGGCGUAGCACAGAAAGUCAUAGAGCAGUAUGACUUCGAGCCCGAGUACAUCAAGGGCGAGUACAACAAGGUUGCUGAUGCGCUGUCGCGUAGACCUGAUUUCUCAGGUGCGCUGAUUACUGAGUUCGAUCUUAUGGACGAUGUUACUCGCUCUUUGGUGGAAGCCUAUCGCGAGGAUCAGUUCAUGUCUGAGAUCAUAUGCAGACUUGAGGCGAAGGAUGAGAAGACUUCUGCCGAGUUUGAGUUGGUCAAUGGCUUGCUGUUCCUUGAGAAGGCAGGGAAUAAACGAUUGUAACUGGGACAGGAGCACGGGAUUUCCCGCAAUCUCAUGCCUCAGUACUUUGGACCAUGGGAGGUCUUAGACAUUGUAUGGACUGAUCCGGAUGGGCCGUCUUAUGUAAUCCGGAUCCCUGGUCAUCUCCGCACUUAUCCUGUCUUUCACGCCUCCAAACUUGCACCUUUCAAGGAAACAGACCAGUUUCCCUCACGUCGCUCAAUGCUGCCCCCAACUGUGGACGGAGAGGUGGACAUCGAUGACAUCGUGGAUCACAGGGAGCUGGCAGUGCCAAGACCGACCGGCAGGGGACGUCCUCCGAAACCGAAGCUGCAGUAUCGCGUUCGGUUCUGGCAUCAUAUUGAUCCAAAGGAAGAUCUAUGGGAGGAACUCAUGCAGACCGCUCCUCAGGUUGUAGCCCAAUACGAGAAAUCUCUGCAGAAGGGAAAGCGCCCGAUGAUUGAAGACUGAGCUUCUCAGAGGACCGUUGAAGCUAUGGAGGAGGGAAUGCGAGGCCACAUCCUCGUGCAGGCACACGGGGAUGUGGGCAGCUGCCGCUCAACCACAAUCAACGUGGGCAACAAUGCGCGUAAAAGGCACAGCAAAAUGGGAGCUGCAAGAACAAUGAAAGGGGUACCCCAAGAACAACCAAAAAACUGUCUAAUUAUAAAAUUGCUUUAAUAUGUUGGACAUCUCAAAUGCUAUCGUUGUCUGCAAUAGGAUAAAGACUGCUUUGAUUC